CACCCUCUCUGUCUCUCACGCAUUUGCUUCCCCCUCUCCAAGAAAACCCUAGCCUCGGUCACUCUCCUCUUCAAGCUGUCACCGCCACCGUCCUACCGCCGCCGUCGAAUCUGAUCCAGCCGUCGUCCCUACUGCUUCACUCGACCAUGCCUCCCAGUCUCUCACUCGACCAGAAGCCAGAACUCUGAAGUGUGAAUCACUCCCCCUUCUCCAACCCUAGCCUCUCUUCUCUUCGAGCCAGUGCCGCCGCCCGUCCGUUAAGCCAGUGCCGCCGUCCGUCCGUUGAGCCACUGCCCCCAAGUCUCCAACCCCUGCUCUCUUCUUCCGCCGUCGUCUGGUCAAUCAACGUUCUGUCGGCAUCGUCUUCGAAGUUAGUUGGAAUUGGAUUGGAACCAAUGAUUUGCAGUUUGUAUCAAGAUUCAAGCGUUGUUAACUGUGCGUUGCUGGCUGCACCAAAACCUGAAACUUAAAAUCUUUGAGUCUCUCGAUCACUCAGAAACCCGCGCCAUCGAUGGAUCCUCAAGCUGAGCCAGUUAGCUACAUCUGCGGAGAUUGUGGUAUGGAGAAUACGCUGAAACCAGGUGAUGUUAUACAGUGCAGAGAAUGCGGUUACCGUAUCCUUUACAAGAAGCGCACUCGUCGCAUUGUCCAGUAUGAGGCACGUUGACAAAAACUGCUGUGGCGUUGGCAAGUAUUUUCCAAUGCAACCGUUAUAGACUUGUAAUGAAAUUGUGAUGUGAAUGUGCUGUUCUGUUUACAGAUUUAUUGAAGUCUUAUGAAACUGAAACUUAACUAUCAA